AUGCCUGCGAUCCUACCGCGACAAUAUGGCUACGGCUAUGGCUAUGGCAACGGCUACUACAACACCCCCUGGAACAGCUGGGUACGCUGGCUCGUCCUCGCCCUCAUCAUCAUCGGCGCCUUCCUAAUCUUCUUCCUCUUCUCAUGCAUCACCGCUCGCCGCCGCCGCCGCCUCGGCCACCAACCCUUCCGCGGCACAGCCUGGGCUGCCGGCCGCACACCCCCUGGCCACGCACCCGCCCAAUACAACGGCAACGCGCAACCCUACUACAACAACUCCAAUGCACCUCCACCUGCCUACGGCGCUGCGAGUAGUUACUACGGACCACAGACAGGGAAUGAUGUCGAGUUGCAGCAGCCGCAGCCGGUGUAUGGGAGUAAUGCGCAUAAGGACAAUUAUGCUCCGCCUGCUGGGCCGCCGCCUGGACGGUCGUGA